CGCUCGAGUUUCACCGCUAAACUUUUUAACAACAAAACUAUAAAAUUCAAAAAAUUGUUUACAUAAUAUUGCAUUUGUGGAAACAAUCCCUUAGAGGUGGAAAUAGCGAAAUUAGAAAAUUAAAACCAAAAAAUAUGGAAACAAACCCUUAGAGGUGGAAAUAGCAAAAUCAGAGUAUGGGAGUAGCAAAGCCCAAUUAGUUAAAAAUUAGAGGCCCAAAUUUCACCUUGUCCCUAAUAACCUAUCUAUCAACAUUGAAAAAACAGAAUUUUGUUUUGUUGUUGAGAAACAGAAAUGGCGUUACAGUUUGUGAAACAUCAGCAGUUACGAGGUUUGCAGAGCGAGACAACCUUAAAUUUCUUUUCUUUCCUACGAACUCUUAAGCUCCCAGGAACAGUGAGAUGGGUCAGUGGUCAAAUACCAGUUAAAGGUUCCUUUAGGAGCUAUGCUACUGCAAAAUCAGAAAAGAUUAUACCAAUCAAGAAGAAAAAGAGGCUAGACGAAGCAUGCCUUGAAAAAUAUCAGCAAUACAGUAGAUCCAUCAUCCAGUCAUGGAUUUUGCAAGGAAAAGUAUAUGUGAAUGGGAAGGUGAUUAAUAAAGCAGGUACCCCUGUGUCUGAAAAAUCUGUAGUGGAGAUUAUUGCUGAAGUUCCCAAAUAUGUAUGUAGAGCUGGACAUAAGUUAGAAGGUGCCAUUGAACAGCUUGGUGUUGAUGUGGCUGGUAAAGUGGCUCUCGAUUCUGGGCUAUCAACUGGAGGGUUUACUGACUGUUUACUUCAGUAUGGUGCAUCACAUGUUUAUGGGGUUGAUGUAGGUUAUGGACAGGUAGCAGAAAAAAUACGAAAAGAUGAACGUGUAUCUAUUAUAGAGCGGACAAAUUUAAGAUACCUCAAAGAACUCCCCCAAAAGGUUGAUUUGGUGACACUAGACCUUUCAUUCAUCUCUAUUCUUACGGUCAUGCCUGCUGUGGUAAGUGUCAUGAAGGAAGAUGCUGCCUUAGUGACUUUGGUUAAACCACAAUUUGAAGCUCAGAGAUCUCAAGUAGGAAAGGGAGGGAUAGUGAAAGACCCCGUUGUCCAUCAAGAGGUACUUGAGAAGAUUACAAAGGGAGUAGAGAGUUUUGGUUUCUGCAGCAAAGGUUGGAUUGAGUCUCCUCUCAAAGGUGCCGAGGGUAAUACAGAAUUCCUUGUUCACUUUAGCAGAAUCCAUAACAAAAGUGCUCAAAAUCAUGAAGAAAUUAGAGAAGAAUUUCAUGCUUGAUGCAUUUCUUCAACCUUCAAUGAAAGGUUAAGCAGGUGGGAUAGAUGUAUUCAUGUAUAGUAGCGAGUUGUCGGUGCCGUUGAAUGGUAGUGGUGAAAUUUUGUAUGUACCAUUUAAACAAAUGACUCAUUAGUGAAAAAAUGUGAUGAGUAAUAUAAUCUGCAUCUAUUAAAAUUCCUUAUUCAACUACCAUCUUGAAAACUUGAUGAUGAGUGCUUGGCUUUCAUAGAGUUGGAUAUUGUUGUUUCUUCCUAUUUGAUGUCUUGUUUAUUCACUAAGAAUGUUGAAUUUUGGAAUUUGAUUUGAACUAUUAGCUUGUUUGGAUUAAAAA